AUGUAUGGGACUUUAGCAAAGAAAUUUAAGGAUAACGAAAAACCUUCAUGGGCAAAAAAAGAUAUUCGAGACUUCAGUGAUGCUGACAUGGAACGUCUUUUUGACCAAUGGGAGGAAGAUGAAGAGCCUCUUCCAGAAGAUGAAUUACCUGAACAUCUUCGCAAACCGCCACCAAUUGAUCUGACUAAAAUGGACAUGUCUAAUCCAGAAGCUGUGCUUCAAGCAACUAAGAAAGGGCAAACCCUUAUGAUGUUUGUUUCAGUAGCUAAUAGUCCCCCACGUGCAAGGACUGAAGAACUUACAAAAAUAUGGCAAGCAAGUCUUUGGAGCAAUCAUAUACAAGCUGAAAGAUACCUUAUUGAUGAUGACAGAGCUAUAUUCAUGUUUAAGGAUGGGUCACAAGCUUGGACUGCAAAAGAGUUUCUCAUAGAACAGGAUGAGUUGAAAGAAGUGCAAUUAGAAAGUCAAACAUAUCCUGGAAAGAAUCCUAAUGUGCGAAACAAAGCAGUACGGGAUGAAUUAUAA